UUUUCUUUUUUCCUCAAAGAAUUAAGUAUGACAACGGUGGGUACCAAAUCUGAAGGCAUGGCCAAUUUCUCCUCUUUGCAAAGCCCUAUCAUUGCUUUCAGAAACUGCACUGAUGAAGGUGCCUCAUUUCAGGACAUCUAUAUCCCCCUAAUUUAUAGUGUUCUCUUUCUGGUGUGCUUCCCUGGGAAUAUUAUUGUCAUUUCUGUAUAUAUCUUCAAGAUGAGGCCCUGGAAAACCAGCACUAUCAUUAUGUUGAACUUGGCUGUUACAGACCUGCUGUACAUGUCUUGCCUUCCAUUCUUGAUACAUUACUAUGUCAAUGGAGAAAACUGGGUCUUUGGAGACUUCAUGUGCAAGCUCAUCCGAUACAACUUUUACUUCAACACUUACAGCAGCAUCUUCUUUCUCACCUGCUUCAGCCUCUUCCGCUUUAUUGUGAUUGUCUAUCCAAUGAGCUGCUUUUCCGUUCAGAAACGGAGAUGGGCUGUCGUCACCUCUGCUGCAGUUUGGGUCGUUUCACUGUUGGCCGUCAGCCCGAUGAUGUACCUGAUCACUACAAAACAAAGCUCUAAUCGAUUAAUUUGCCAGGAUCUUACCAGUUCAGAAGACUUGAUCUCUGUAAGGUGGUUUAACUGGCUCCUCACAAUAUUGGCAUUCUUCCUGCCUUUGGGAACCGUGACUCUUUGCUACGUUGUGAUUAUCUACACAUUGGCAAGAGGGCCUCACACUGGCACCACUUUCAAGCAGAAGGCUCGCAAGCUAGCCAUCGUUCUCCUGGCUGUCUUUUAUGUAUGCUUCUUGCCAUUUCACAUCUUUAGAGGGGUUCAUAUUGAGCUAAAGCUCCAUCCUGUGAACUGCAGCGUAAUGAAGCAGGUCCGGGACAUUCUUACUGUGACUAAAUCCUUAGCGUCACUAAAUACCUUUGGCAAUUUAAUCCUUUAUGUGGUGUUGGGCGAUAACUUCCAGCAGGCCAUUCUUUCUAUCUGUAAACUGAUCAUAAAGACAAAUAAGAAAUAG